AUGACUAUGUGGUUUCCUGCCGAGACGGUACCCUCCUCAGCGCGGAAGGAAGGUGUGACGCCUCGUGACAACGGUGGUCUUCUUUCAAUAGGUUGCGACUGCGCCUGCCAUUCGCCCCCACGUGACUUCAGUCACAUUUUGGAGUCAUCGCACGUAACAUUCGCAAAUUCGAGUCGCGGUGUGUCUUACAAGGGAAUUGAUCCACCGGUCAGGAUGAGGUCAUCAAUUGGUUCCGGUGCCCGCACGCAAGAUUUACAAGUUUCAUCUACCAGUCGCCGUAAGCGUGCUAAAACGAGUAAUAAUCGUGGCGCUCUGCACGGUGUUGAAGAGUCUUACUUGCAGGAAAUUGAUCAUCUGCAACAGCUUGCCAAGCAGUUUGAUGAGGAGCGAAGUGAGGCUGUUGAUCGAGCUGAAGAAAUGCGUGCGGCGUACGAACGUUCUCGUCAGCAAAGUAUCUUGAAAGAGCGUGAGAUCCAGUCACUUGGGGAUCAGAUGCACCGUUUGCAGGACAAGUUACAUAGAGCCGAAUAUCAGCUAACGUCAGUGCAGAGUAUUUGCAGACGUGAUGCCGAGUUUCACCGUGAGCAACAACUGUUGUUAUUUGAAGAAAAUGAACGGAACACUCGAGAGGCUCUUGUGUUUGCGGAAGCCAGUUGGAGGACGGUUAUUCAAGAAAGGUGCUCAAACACUAUGUCAGCUCUUGCCCAUAAGCAAUACUCAAGUGUAGAAAGGCACUCUGAAGAAUUGGGUGUUGCGCGCCAUGGCUGUCGAAGUGAAAAAACAUGGAAUCAAGCGUACACCGAUCGACCCGUGAGUUGUCCUGCGCAGCGCUGCACGUCAACUUCACGUCAAUACUCAGGGCAACAAGAAGAAGAUUGUUGGGCAACUCCAGCAACUGGUAUGAAAAGUACUCUCUUAGCGGAGCUGCAUCAGUCGAAGAAGCGAGCGGAUGAAACCAUCGAACAGCUAAAACGGGAGUUAGAGGAGAAGGAAGAGGUGAUUGCGUCGCUUCGAAACCAGCUCAAUCUCCAAGAGGAAGGACUGCAGAAGGUUCCGAGGGCUGGCGGAUCCGACGAGUCAUUGAUGAUGGAAAUGCAGGCGGAAAUCGAUGACUUACUUCUAAAUGAACUUCUCCUUACUCACAGUUGCGAGCGUUACGCCCUUGAGACAGAGGCCAUGGAGGAGUUAACAUAUGCUUUGCGUUGGCUUCUGCAGCAACACGCGUUCGCUUUGCAGGAGGCUCCCUUUAUCACACCGCAGAGGACGCCAGCGGGAAGCAAACAACCUGUUUUGCCACGAACGCCUGGAACUUCUCCACAUCUCGUUGAAGUUCACUCUGCUGCAUCUCCGGGCUGCAACGAUGUUACCACAUCGGUUGCGGAGAUGCGCGCUAUUGUUGGUGACACCGUGCUGGAAGUGAUAAAAAAGGAACUUCAGGGAUGCCUUUUACCCAUAAGAUUAUCUGUAGAGUCCAUGCGCGCGUCUUCUGAGGAGUUGAUCGGCGACUUGAGGAAGGCGGUGAGGGAUGCAGGAUACAAUGCUCCACAACUAACCCCAUCAAUUACCAUGGGAGAAAUAAAAAGUGAACACGCGGCCCUUUUGCGUAAUAUUCAACGAAGUUUGGACGACAUGAAUACGACAGUUGCACCGCCUCUGUGUACGGAACUGAAGCAGCUUCGUGAGACGGUUGUGAAGGUGGGGCGGCUAACAGCCCACAACAAUAAAGUUAUGGACGAUAAGCUCAGCGACAUUCUUCAUUGCCAAUCUGCUGUCUCGCGGCAAAUGAUCCUUUCUGCUCUUCCAUGCGAUGAGAAGCUGGAUUUUUGCCGUACUCCUGUGGCGGAGUGUUCGACGACGGUGCCACCAGCCAAAGUGAGUCUAAGUCGUGAGGGAGCCAAUGCGAUUUCCAGCGUUGGCGGGGGUUUAAAUUACAAUGCCGAAAAUGUACUUUCAGAUGGGGGAAAUGAGAGUGGAGUUUCCAUUAAGAAAACGCAAUCGCACGAGAGUAGUGGUGCUUAUGUGGACUCCACGGGACCCGCAUUUCAUGAUUGGGAUGUAGAGAGCUCCGAUAGUAAGUUUAUGGUUCCUAGUAUGGAUGUGUCAAUUAUACGAAAAACACCAUAUGAUAUAGAAGAUGCUUAG